AUGGAAGUGGAUCAUGCGGUACCCCCAGUGGAGCUCGCGAUGGAGCACAAGCUGAGAGAAAAGCUUGAAAUACAUUACCUCGAGUUUGUGGAUACUUCAGGCAAUUGUGGAAUGUCCUAUGCCGUCACUAUCGUCUCGCCCGGGUUUGCGAAAAAGAUUACUUUGCAAAGACAUAAACUUGUCAACCAGAUACUCAAGGAUGAGAUAGCCCAGCUCCAUGCUUUCUCUCAGAAAACCUUCACGCCAGAGCAAUGGGCAAAGGAACAGUCCAAAUAA